AUGUUUGGAAAACGGGCAUUGGGCGUUAGUGCUGUUAAAAUGGCAGAAUGGAAGCAAUUGAUUGCCGAAUGGCUCAAUGAAUAUGCAUCGUUGCAAGAGAACGAAAUAAAAAGCUUUGCAGCUGAACAUGAACACAAUCAUGAAAUUGCAACAGCAAUAUUUAGUCUUUUCUACAAUGAAAACGAGGAGAGUGGCAAAAAGGUUGAAGAUGAUUCAGACUAUGAACAGAUAUUAGAAGAUGUUUGUACACAAUUGUUCAGCUUCUACAGAUCUAAAGAAACUUACCUACAGAGGUUUACCCUCCAGUUUGUGCCUACUCUUAUUUACAACUACUUGAGCUCAGUUGCGCAAGGAAAUAAAAAGAUAUUUCGUUGCAUAGAAACAUUAUUAAUAGGUUUAUAUAAUUUUGAGGUAGUGGAUGAAGCUGGCAAACCAAAAGUUGUCUCAUUUAGACUACCAUCAUUGGCCCAGUCUUCCAUAUAUCAUGAGCCACUUUCUCUGGGGUCACAGUUUUUAACAGAGAGUGCUCUACGUAGAUGGGAAGAGUGUAACACGAAGCUUGUGAGCUGGGGUCCACUACCACAAGUUGAAGUUAUAAAUGCACAGAAUCGAUUGAAGGUCAUGUCAGCGCUGCUCUUCAUUUACAACCGCCAAUUAAGUUUGUUGCCAAAGCUUGCGUUGAGGCACUUCUGUAUUGCUACUUCCAGAAUAGUUACACAAGGUUUCAACAAAAAAAUGGGCGGGACAUCCGACAAAACCAUACCUCGGAUACCAGUAUCAUCUAACUUUCUUUUAGAAAUGAUCGAAGGAGCAUACUUUGCUAUGUUUAAUGAGUUCUACACUUUGGCCCAUCAAGCAGUUAAAGAUAUAGACCAAAGAGCACAGUAUGAACUAUAUCCUGACGUUAUGUUGGUAACCAGUGCUGUGAUAAAUUCCUUGAAAAACAAUCCUACAGGCCAACCAUGUGACGGGCCAAUGGGUAUCAGUGUAGCAUUAUCCCCAGCAACAACUACGGUUACCAUGUCAAAGUCUAUGAUCACCAAUGCAUCAUUCCGUACCAAGAAGUUACCAGAUGACAUUCCUAUACAAGCUGGUCAAGUAGUUCCGACAGAAUCGACUGACAUCUUAUCGUCCAUUACCGAAGAGGGUGAAGUAGAAGUUACACCAAUACAACGCGGUGGCGUUAUUCGAAAUUCGAAACCUAAAUUAAGCUCUUUCCCCGUUCUUGGGAAAAAGAUAAAAGACGGCAAAGAAAAAACCACAGCUCCCGGAGAAAAGAAACUUACUCAUAAAGAUUCUUCAAAGAGCUUUUUUAAUUCUCUUAGCGGUGGUGGCGGUGACAUGGUAGAUGCUCCACAAAAGUCGUCGAAUGCUGAUAGCUCUGUCGAAGCAAAUGGUAGCAUGAAAGAUGAAAAAAUGUCUAUGACGUCAACCUCAGUUCACAACAGUAGCGAAAAUUCUGACACACGCUCGCAGGUUACAACUGACUCACUGGAUAUGGAAACAACACCUCGUUUCGCGGCAAUGCAAGUCAGUUCUGUAUAA